AUGGGACAUUCUUCAUCCGGUGGUGGAAGAGGACGUAUGAUUUCUCAGAAAUUCAAGAGCAAUACAAGUUCAACAGUUGUGAAACAUCUGUUUUCAACGAAAGAUGAAAACAAUGGAAAGGCAAGAUUGUCGAACAAAGAUGCCAAAGAAAGAGUGAUCGACUACAUCCAAGCUUCUGGAAUUAAGUGCUCCGAAGACAUGGUGAAAUCGAUUCGCGAUGGGAAGUCGAUCGACUUCAAUGCGAUCGCUCCAAGAUUGGACGCUCCAACUCAAACUGAAGUUGUUGCAAGAGAAACAGAGAUGGCCCAAAACAAGAUUCUUUAUUCUGCAAAGCUCGACGAGAACAUGCGAAGAUCAGCCUACUUUGAGACAAACAAGAGAACCGUCAAAUCAAACAUCAUGCUGAAGUUUGUGACAAAGGCAAUGGAUAUCAAGCUUCAAGGUGAAGCCGAUUUCACGACUACUCUUGAAGAUCCAAUUGAACUCUUGAAACGUAUUGAACGAUUCAUGAAGAAGAGUGCUGAUGCUGAGUAUGACUUCUUGGAUUUCUGGGAAGCCAAUCAAAAGCUCUUUGCUAUGAAGCAGGGAACAACCGAAACCUUGAUGCAUUUCAAGGAACGAUUCUUGAGACAGGCUGAUCUCCUGCAAGCUCUAUAUGGCGUUGCCUGGUUCCGAAAUUUUGCAGUCAAGACGAAAGCGUAUGCUGCUAUUGCUAGCACUGAUACUGCUGCUCAAGAUAAGUUCAAGGAUGAUAUCUUUGAAGCCGUUCUUGCAACAGGAUUUCUGUGCAACUGUUAUCAAACAAGAACAGCUCCUCUGAUGCUGGAUGGAAGUGGAUUACUAUCCAAAGACGGUCAGCAAAGCACAAGAUAUGUUGAAGAUUCACAUGGAUGUGAUCAAGAAUCCGGGAGUGAACCUUUACCAAGGAAAAUACCAGCCAAAUAA